CCGACGCCGAGCCUCCAGUUCGUUGGGUGUCUCUGCUCUCUCUGCAGUUGGCGCUGAGUCUCUGGUCCAAGAUGGCGGAAUAUUCCUGUGUGAAGCGAACAAAGCUGGUGCUGAAAGGCGUGAAAAGCAAGAAGAAGAAAUGCAAAGAAAAAAGAAAACGAGAGGAGGAGGAAGAACAAGUGGUGGAUAUUGUUGGAGGAUGGUGGGCAAUUCGGAAUUUUGGAGAGAUUACUGGAAGUGUGGCAAUAGAGAUGGGGAAAGGUACCUAUAUCCAUGCUCUCGAUAAUGGGCUUUUUACUCUAGGAGCUCCACAUAGAGAUAAUGAAAUCCCAGAUCCCCCAGAGCAGUUAACUGCUAUCAAGUUAUCUGAAACCAGAAUAGCAUUGAAAUCUGGCUAUGGCAAGUACAUGGGAAUAAAUUCUGAUGGAGUUGUUAUCGGACGAUCAGAUGCAAUUGGAUCAAGAGAACAAUGGGAGCCAGUAUUUCAGGAUGGAAAACUAGCAUUGAUGGCUUCAAACAGCUGUUUCAUUUCAUGUAAUGAAGAGGGUGACAUUAUUGCAAAACAGAAAACAGCUGGAGAAGAGGAGAUGAUAAAGAUUCGCUCCAGUGCUGAUAUUGUUAUAAAACACAAAGAUGAGCUUCUGGAUGAAGAUAGGGGUAAUGUAAAGGAAUGUGAAAUCAACUAUGUAAAGAAAUUUCAGAGUUUUCAAGAUCAAAAACUAAGAGUGAAUACAGAAGACAGUAAAAUGUUGAAGAAAGCCAGACAAGAAGGCACUUUCCACGAGGCUUUGUUAGACAGGAGAUCCAAGAUGAAAGCAGAUCGAUAUUGCAAAUGAAGUCAGGAUGGAUAUUCUCAAUAUAUUGAUAUUUUUACUGGAUAUGUAACUUUUUUGUCUCCAAGACAACUUGGUUAUUAGUACUGGCAGUGCUGUACAGUAAUCGGUGACACAUUGAUAUUUUUAAAUGCCUUUAGGGGUAACUUGAGUAAUCUUCUUGCAAGAGUAAAUUGUAAACGUAGCUUUCGGCUUCAAUGUGAUGAUUUAGUAUGCUGCAUUUUAAACAUUGUUACUUCAUUAUGGCAUCUAAGGAAAAGAAUAUUGAAAGGGAAACUAGAAACAGAUAUUGAGAAGCAAAGAAGUCAUCAACCUGAAAUACUAACUCUUUCUCUCUCUUCAGAUACUGCCUUUUCCAGCAUUUUAUAUUUUAAUUGCAAAAACAAAAUCCAGGUAGAUUCCAGUUAAUUAGGACACAUUGGGACCAGUACAUUUUGGCCUAGUUAAACAGUUGCUCAAUUAGCCAGUUUCAUGGAAAUGGUUAAAAAAGAAUUUAAAGAAAGAUAAUCUACUGUUGAACUGAGUAAAAAUUAUGUAUUUAGAUGAAAUAAAGAAUAAAUUCAAACACUAACAAUACUGCUGCAGUACUAUAAAACUGUGUAUUAAUUCAAAAAUUUAUCAACAGAGGAAUUCUUGCAGGGUGUGCUGCCAUGAUCUUUUGAAUGUAAAGGAACAAAAUUAGUGCAGAUGCCUAGUACAGAUAAUGGUCUCAUAUGUUCAAUGCUUUUGACAAUUGUAUCCACCAAAUCCUCAUUUUCAUUGUAACAUUCAAGAUGAUCAAAUUCUUUGUAGUGCCUAACUUGAAGUACGGUAAUAAAUUUGUUUCAUUUUCACUCCCAGCCAUAUCUGGCAUCUCCAAGCAUGAAUGUUUGAAACCACAAUGAGCAAAACAGUUCUGAAUUGUCUCACAAAUAUCAGUGACAAAAAUCACUGCUUUUUCAACACAAACACAAGCAACUGACACUAUUUGAAAACUGAUUGACAAAAGCCUCCUAUCCCAAUUAAGCAGCAUAGUGUCCCAAAUAAACGAAGGGAACCAGAAUCGGGUUUUAUAUCACAAACACUCAAAAAUCUGCAGAUGCUAGAAAUCCAAGCAACACACACAAAAUGCUGGAAGAACGCAGGAGGCCAGGCAGCAUCUAUGGAAAAGCGUAAACAGUCAACAUUGUGGGCCAAGACACUUAAUCAUGAGCCCUUCAUCAAAUAGUGCAAAAAGCAAAAUAAAAUAGUGACAUAGUGUUCAUAGGUUCAUUGUCAUUCAGAAAUACAUGGUGGAGGGCUAUUCUUGAAUCAUUGAGUGUGUAUAUAGGCUCCAGUAUCACUUCCUUGAUUGUAGCAGUGAGAAUCGGGCAUGUCCUGGAUAAAUGGAGCUUCUUAAUUGUAGAUGCUGCCUUUUUGAGGUCUUCGCCUUUUAAAUGUGUCCUCAAUGAUGGAGCGGACCGAGUUUACAACUUUCAGCAGUUUUUUCCAAUCCUUUGCAGUACUCCCUCCGUGCCAGACGGUGAUGCAACCAGUUAGAAUACUCUCCGCAGUACAUCUGAGAAAUGUUCAAGUCUCUGAUGACAUAUCAAGUCUCCUCAAACCCCUAAGGAAAUAUAGUCGCUGUCGUGUCUUCUCUAUAAUUUCAAUAAUAUGUUGGGCCCAGGAUAGAUCUUCAGAGAUGUUGAUACCUAGGCAUCCCAUCUAUCUUCUUGAAUAGUUUUUGUUCUUUAAGAGUUGUCCCAAAUAGAUGGCUGUCCCGAUAAGCUGUAUUUAUAAAACUUUUGUGUUCUAUUAUUGGUUGUUUUAGUUAUUCAUUCAUAAACAGUUGUCGGUGAUGUAAACCUUAAAUUUAGGAUACAAAAAUCAUCAGAGGUUAUGUACUUAGAAGUAUUAAAUACAGUAGAUUU